AUGGGGCGGAAGCGCGCGGUGCUGGUGGGCAUCAACUACGUCGGCAGGGACGACGAGCUGAGGGAAAAAUACAGGGGCUGCCUCAACGACGUGUCCCGGAUGCGGCGGUGCCUCGUCGACCGCUUCGGCUUCGACGCCGCAGACAUCCGCGUGCUCGCCGACGCCGACACGUCCACGCCGCCGCCCACGGGGGCCAACAUCCGGCGGCUCGUCGGGGACGCCCGCCCCGGGGACACGCUCUUCUUCCACUACAGCGGACACGGGUUGCAGCUCCCCGCCGAGACCGGGGAGGACGACGACACCGGGUACGACGAGUGCAUCGUGCCCGGCGACGGCAACCUCAUCAAAGACCAAGAUUUCAAGGAGCUCGUGGCGAAAGUGCCUGAUGGAUCUCUAACCAUAGUAUCAGACUCAUGCCACAGUGGCGGCCUGAUCGACAAGGCCAAGAAGCAGAUUGGUAACAGCACUCGUCAGAACAAAAACCAGCACCCGGACCAGCGAGAAACGCGGCCACCUUUCUACGCGUCCCUCCUAGGCAUCGUCCAUGGCGCGUUCGAGUCCCUAAGCAUCCACCUCCACCGCCGUGGCUUCCAGCAGAGCAGCCGCAGCCAGAGCAACGGAGCCGAGCUGGACACGAAGGCUGAGGUAAAGGUAACCACACACGCCAGCGUCAAAAGUCGAUCGCUGCCUCUCCCGGCGUUCAUCGAGAUGCUCAGGGAGAGCACCGGGAACGGCGUCGGCGUGGGCACGAUCCGGACGACGCUGUUCCGCCACUUCGGCGACGACGUGAGCGCCAAGUUGAAGAAGUUCGCGCAGGUCAUGGCGGCAGGCAAGCUCCGGCAGGACGGCGAGCUGCUGGAGGGAGACGAAUUGGGGCAGGCGGAAACGCGCAGCCGGGCCGCCGCCUCGGGACAGGAGGUUCGCAGCAGCGUCAAGGUCAAGGAGGUCUACGCCGGCACGGCGGCGAGCGUGCCCCUGCCUCGGAACGGCGUCCUGAUCAGCGGGUGCCAGACGGACCAGACCUCCGGGGACGCGACCACGGCGGAGGGCGUGUCCUAUGCUUGCUCAACAACGAAGAAGUACGGGGCGGUGACGAGCAGGGAGCUGGUGCUCAGGGCGCGGGAGCUGCUGGCCAAGCAGGGGGUCACUACGCAGCAGCCCGGCCUUUACUGCAGCGAUGAGCAUGCCAGUGUGCCUUUCGUAUGCUGA